CCAAACAACAGCGUUAACAGCCCGCUUUACAGAAAAUAAAGGAACAGUUUUAAAAAGAAAAACAACGAAGACACAACGCCUCCAACAGCCAUGUCUGUGAAUUAUGCUGCUGGGCUCUCGCCGUACGCAGACAAAGGAGUUUGCGGACUUCCAGAGGUGUUUGAUAGUCCUGAGGAGCUAAAGGUGAAGGUGGAGACCCUCGCCCAGUUGAUUAAAGAGUCUCAGUACUUGGUUGUCCACUCUGGAGCAGGAAUCAGCACUUCAGCAGGAAUCCCCGACUUCAGGGGUCCAAAGGGGGUGUGGACGUUAGAAGAGAAGGGCGAGUCACCUCACUUCAACACCACAUUUGAAGAUGCCCGGCCCAGCUUGACUCAUAUGGCCCUCCUGGGACUACAGAGGGCAGGAUACCUCAAGUAUCUCAUCAGCCAGAACGUGGACGGCCUGCAUGUCCGAUCAGGCUUCCCCAGGGAUAUGCUAUCAGAGCUUCAUGGUAACAUGUUUGUGGAGGAGUGUGAGAAGUGUGGCAGGCAGUAUGUCAGAGAAAAGGUGAUCGGUGUAAUGGGGCUGAAACCAACAGGACGUUACUGUGAUGUGGUUCGCUCCAGAGGACUCAGAGCCUGCAGAGGAAAGCUUAUCAGCACCAUACUUGACUGGGAGGAUGCUCUUCCUGACAGAGACCUGAACAAAGCAGACGAUUGCAGCAGACGAGCGGACCUGGCUCUGACGCUCGGCACGUCCAUGCAGAUCAAACCAAGUGGAGACCUCCCACUCCUCACCAAGCGCAAAGGAGGGAAAAUUGUCAUCGUCAAUCUGCAGGCUACAAAGCAUGACAAGCACGCACACCUGCGUAUCCAUGGUUACGUGGACGAGGUCAUGAAACAGCUGAUGGAGAUGCUGGGAUUGGAGAUCCCAAAGUGGGAUGGGCCGACUGUGUGCGAGAGCUCAACAGCCAACUCUGAGUCCACCACCGAUGUCAAACCACCACAUGUUACUGCAAAGGGGAAGGUGAAAAAGGAACCCGUUAAGGAGGAGAGGAAAAGAGAAGCAACACAGCUAACGGACGAUGGGAGCGUUAAGGAGGAGACAGUUUCAGUAAAGAGAGAGAGAGCAGACUCCCCAGUGGCGAUAAAUGAAGAGAAGUAGCCUCAGGUAUAUUUUUUUUUCUUGCAACAACUUCACAACACCAAACCGUCCAGAAACAAACGUUACAACUGAGGCUACUCAGUUUCAUCAGUUUCACAGAGGAUGGAGGUUCUUCUCAUCUUAAACCCUCUGGGGCGAAGACUUUUAUAGUACUGUAGUGGUUUUGUCAGUCCCAGAUUUCUUAAACUUAUAGCCACGGUAAACAACAAUGUGAAACUGACUUCUCAGCUAAAGGAUCGCAAAUUGACCUCCUCACGUUAGGUGGAUGUUGUUACAUUUACCAACACACAGCAUGUAAAUGUUCCUCCUGCUAUGGUAAGAACAUGCAUUAUCCAAGUUUACUUUACUUGAGGACAACACAAUGAGAUCUGGAACAGACAGUUAAAAAUAAAGUGUUUAAUAAGGUGUGUAAGGUGGCUGCACCUUAUUAAAAGUGUUAUUUAUAACCAUGUGCUCCAGAUCUUAUCCCUACAGACCUCGCCUUUAAAGACACCUUUGUUCGAUACUUGACCAGAGGGGAUAUCAAGUGAGCAUCAUCCGAGUCUCCUUUACUAAUGCAGCUAAAUGCAGCUGGGGAAGUUUUAAACCAGGUUUUUAUUUUUAAAGUUCUCUCGGGUGUCUUCCAGACAAACGGUUCUCUCGAGUGUAAAUUAUGUUGAAAACAUUUGAAUACAGAACAUUUUUGUUUUUAUUCCCAACCAUUACAGAAUCAGCAAUCAGCAAACUGCUUUUCUCAUUACAAAAGAUUUCUAUUUCCCUAGUGAGAUGUAUAAUUCCAGCCGCUGCUGACUGACUGUAAGUGGAUCAUAAUCACACUGUAUGUUUCCAGGAAAAUGUUUUUAUCUCAGGAAAAAAGCAUUGUACUUCAACGGAGAAAGUCUUUUUGCUGUUUUUUUUAAUACAUGGCAUUAAAAGAAUACGUUCCUGGCAGAA